AUGACGGUAGCUGAUUAUGCCGUCAAGUUUGAGACGUUGUGCGCAUUUAGUCCGCAUUACAACACUUUUGAAGCGGAGGACGACAAGUGCGUGAAGUUUGAAAGUGGUCUACGUCCAGACAUCAAGCAUAUGAUCGGAUUUUCACAGAUAAGGGAUUUUGCGACCCUUGUGAACAAGAGUAGGAUCUGUGAUGAAGAUGGUAGGGCAAAGGUGAACUACUACAAGGCCGUGAACGACCGAAAAGGCAAAGGACAAGAACGCGGGAAACCUUAUGAUAACCGCGGUAGAGGUAAUACAAGUGGUGGUAAGAAGCCGGUGAAUGGAAGUUGUUAUAACUGUGGAGGACGUGGUCAUAUGUCUUAUGAUUGCCCGAAGAGAGGGGAUAGGUGUAAGAAUUGUGGAAGGCUGGGCCACAAGACCGAAGCUUGCAGAGGAAAAGUGGUGUGUUUCAACUGUGGUGAGGAAGGCCACAAGAGUCCGACUUGUAAGAAGCCCAAGAAGGUGAUGGGCAAGGUGUUUGCUUUGAGUGGAGAGGAUGCUAGCCAAGAGGACAAUCUCAUUAGAGGUACGUGUUUCAUCUAUAACACUCCUUUAAUUGCGAUUAUAGAUACGGGAGUGACGCAUUCUUUUAUUUCUUUAGAUUGUGUGAAGCGUUUGAGUGUUCCAGUAACGGAUAUGACGGGUGGGAUGGAAAUAGAAACUCCUGCUAAUGGUUCAGUAAUUACUCGACAAGUAUGUCGUAAUUGCCCCGUAACCAUUUUUGAUAGGCACUUUGGAAUGGACUUAGUGUGUAUUCCACUUAGUGGUAUGGAUGUAAUUUUUGGUAUGAAUUGGUUAAUCUUUAAUCGAAUUCAUAUCAACUGCUGUGAGAAGGCCGUUGUUUUUCCGAAACCAGAGGAGAAUUUACAGUUGAUGAGCGGGAAAGAUGUGUCAGAAUCAUUGAAUGAGCAUGCCGAGAUGUUCAUGAUGUUUGCAUCAUUGAAACUCGAAGGAGGAGUUAAAGUGGAAGAGUUACCAAUCGUUUGUGAAUUCCCAGAUGUGUUUCCGGAUGAUAUAUCUGACGUGCCUCCAAAGCGAGAGGUAGAGUUUUCUAUCGACCUAGUACCUGGAACUAGUCCGAUAUCGAUGGCGCCGUAUCGAAUGUCAGCGUCAGAGUUGAAUGAGUUGAAGAAGCAACUUGAAGAGCUGCUUGAGAAGAGGUUUGUUCGGCCGAGUGUUUCGCCAUGGGGAGCACCUGUUUUGUUGGUAAAGAAGAAAGAUGGAAGUUUGAAGUUUUCAGUGAUCACAAGAGUCUGA